GGGCGGCCGCCGGGGCUCGGGUACCGCUGCCGCUGCUCCGGCCGCGGGCUGCCGGCCCCAUUUCCGCCCGCUCUUCUCCCUCACGCAUCCUUCCAGACCUCUUUUUUCUCCUUCCUCUUUCGCUGAGCCCCUGUCUUUCCUGCUGUCGCCUCGGGCGCUCCUCCGGCGGAGCGGAGAUUCCAGAGCGGUCGGGAUGCCCCAACUCUCCGGGGCCGGCGGCGGCGGCGGGGGAGACCCGGAACUCUGCGCCACCGACGAGAUGAUCCCCUUCAAGGACGAGGGCGACCCUCAGAAGGAGAAAAUCUUCGCCGAGAUCAGUCACCCCGAAGAGGAAGGCGACUUAGCCGACAUCAAGUCCUCUUUGGUUAACGAGUCUGAAAUCAUCCCGGCCAGCAACGGACACGAGGUGGCCAGACAAGCACAGCCCACUCAGGAGCCCUACCACGACAAGGCCAGAGAACACCCUGAUGACGGAAAGCAUCCAGAUGGAGGCCUCUACAACAAGGGACCCUCCUACUCAAGUUAUUCUGGGUACAUAAUGAUGCCAAAUAUGAAUAAUGACCCAUACAUGUCAAAUGGAUCUCUUUCUCCACCCAUCCCAAGAACAUCAAAUAAGGUGCCUGUGGUGCAGCCAUCACACGCGGUCCAUCCUCUCACCCCUCUUAUCACGUACAGCGACGAGCACUUUUCUCCAGGAUCACACCCCUCACACCUCCCUUCAGAUGUCAACUCCAAACAAGGCAUGUCUAGACAUCCUCCAGCUCCUGAGAUCCCUACCUUUUAUCCUCUGUCUCCAGGUGGUGUUGGACAGAUUACCCCACCUCUUGGCUGGCAAGGUCAGCCUGUAUAUCCCAUCACGGGAGGAUUCAGGCAACCCUACCCAUCCUCACUGUCAGUCGACACUUCCAUGUCCAGGUUUUCCCAUCAUAUGAUUCCUGGUCCUCCUGGUCCCCACACAACUGGCAUCCCUCAUCCAGCUAUCGUAACGCCUCAGGUCAAACAGGAGCAUCCCCACACUGACAGCGACCUAAUGCACGUGAAGCCUCAGCAUGAACAGAGAAAGGAACAGGAGCCAAAAAGACCUCACAUUAAGAAGCCUCUGAACGCUUUUAUGUUAUACAUGAAAGAAAUGAGAGCGAAUGUUGUAGCUGAGUGUACUCUAAAAGAAAGUGCAGCUAUCAACCAGAUUCUGGGCAGAAGGUGGCAUGCCCUCUCCCGUGAAGAGCAGGCUAAAUAUUAUGAAUUAGCACGGAAGGAAAGACAGCUACAUAUGCAGCUCUAUCCAGGCUGGUCUGCAAGAGACAAUUAUGGUAAGAAAAAGAAGAGGAAGAGAGAGAAACUCCAGGAGUCGACAUCAGGUGGAAAACGAAGCUCAUUCCCAACGUGCAAAGCCAAGGCGGCCACCCCGGGACCUCUUCUGGAGAUGGAAGCUUGUUGAAAACCCAGACUGUCUCCAGGGCUUGCCCAGUGGACCCCAAUGGAGAACUGCCGCCACCUUCACCCUGAGGUCACCGCUAGAGACGCUGAUCCAUAAAGACAAUCACUGCCAAACCCCCUUUCAUCUACUGCAAGAGCCAAGUUCCAAAUCAAGCAUAAGAGGUUUCCCAGCCGAGCAGACAGAGCACCUGAGAAAGCUCACAGGCUGAGCAGCUGCCCCUCCUCCGCGUGCACUUCCCAGAGCGCCCUGCGUCCGCGCCUGCAACCUUUGGCAAGGACAGUAACUUGGCCAUGUCUGCCUGCCGGGAGCACCCCGAGCCUGCAGCCGGCACGUCCUCACGGCCCUGGCGGGGACCUCCGUGGAAGACGUCCCUCUCUGUUGCGGUCUUCAUCUUUUUUUUUCUUUCUCCUGAAGCUUUUAUUUAACAGUGCAAAAGGAUCAAUCUCGUGUUUGCUUUUCUUUUUUUUUAAACUUGAAUUUUUUUUUAAUUUACACUUUUUAGUUUAAACUUUCUUGUUGUAUAUUUUGCUAGCUAUGAGCUUUUAAGAGAAACUCAAAGAUCUGGAAAAGUUUGAAAUAAAAAGGAAAUGAAAAGAAGCCGCCCUUUUUUGAGCGGCGUCUAGUCCGGCAAGUGGCUUCUCUGUGAAUUACUUGUAACAAAUAGUGGCCUCCUGUCUUCGUAAGGUGUUUGAUAGUUAAAUAAAUGUAACAGCUGAAACCACA